AUGGCGAAAAACACGAAAAAAGCACCUCCGAAAUCGACCCCGCCUAUAACCAGCUUUUUUGCGCGUGUUUCGUUGUCGCAAGGCUCGGCGAGCAGCGGGGCAAAAGAAGGCGCCGAUGCUUCGACCUACGGAACGAGUGGAUCGAAACGCGGUAGCUCGCCUGUGAAAUCAGCUGAUAAACUUGCCAUACCGGCCACAAGCGCGAAGAGGGAACGGUCUUCGACCAUGCAAUCGACAGUUUCAGAUGGAAACACGCAACCUAGUGAACAAGGUUCGACUGCUCGAAACAUCGCCACUAGCUCAACUUCACGGAAAAAGGCCCGUCUUUCAUCGCCUAUCAGUAUUGCAUCCACCUCGACGGUACCGAGCAGCCAGUCCGAUGAAGAAGAGCUUACAGUGGAAUCGCAUAUCUCGACGUCCCGCGCGCCUCAAAAGUCAGAUGCUGCUAUCAAUCACUGGAUGAAAGAAGCACAACCGCCCACGCCCGAUCGUGACGGCCCUAAUCAACCCCUGUCUGUCGAUACUAUGGACGUCGAUGAGCCGCUUGGAGAACUCUCUGGGCAAACCACCCCCGUCUCGGAGUGGGCUACUGCCUGCGUAGACGGGAUUAGCUCACCUUCCGCAACAUCAAGCGCUCAUGCAGCAACACAACCACCGACGCCGCCCUAUACCGAUGCCUCUUCGGAUGGAGAUACAGACUCGGCCCCUCAUAUUCCCCCGAUCUCACCUGUGGAUGCUGCCAAGGCUGCCAGGGAGAGAACCCAGCGACUUCUCAGCAAGAUCGAAGAGGCCCAAGUUGAAUUCGAGCCUUCAAGUCCAGAAGUGAUCCCCAUCGAGGUUCCAGAUGAAUUACCCACCGAUAGCGACGACUCGGACUCGGAUUCCGAUAUUGCUUUACCUACGCCUCCUGUCAGGGCUACCAGGUCUUCGAGAAACGCGUCCGCUGGUCCGAGUUCAGAAAACCAAAACCUUCGCCGUUCAUCGCGCCAGAUUCCUCCCAAAACCAAAGUCACUGUCGAUGAUCGCGGAUCCCCCAAACCCAGGAAACCUAAAAUGUCUAAAAAUCCAAUCCUAGACCUGCUUAGAGAAAGGGAGAAGGCGGAGAAGGCGGGCAAGGGAGAGCAAGCCUACCGGGUUGCAAACGAUCUAUUGGCCAACCCAUUCAUGGAGCUCCCCAAGCUCGACUUGGAGGGCGAGGAGAAUGACAUGAAGAGGUACAAAGGCGGCGUCGCUUCAUUAUCCUGGAAAGGGAGUCUCAGUGCAAUGGAGGGCGUCCACUUGGAUGAGGCAAAUCGACAGAGUUGGUUCGGCGAUGGUGGUGGUAAUAUCAACGACAUCUUGAAUCGCGAAAGGACUGCCAGGAGGCAAGAGGAAGAAAACGAAAGGCAAGAAGGAUCGCCACUGUGGUCACAAGGGGAAGGCGAAGACAUGACAGUCGAUAGUGUCCUCCCUUCACUCCCAUAUAGCGGAAACAGUGAUACUAUCCGAAGUGUUAGCGCCGCUAUUCGUGCCAAGGAGUUCUCGAAGGCCGUCUGGGUCCUCAAAUCCGGCAUUUUCAGGGUUCUCCACCUUGAUGGUGACGCCAAUUUCUUCAGUCAACUUUGCAAGAUCGCCCUAAAUACGCAAGAACCCGCCCUUUCGGAAGCUGCUUUCGCCGCUACCUGCCAGCUCCUCCAGCGCAAUCAUGAAGACAUUCCUGAUACCUGGAAACUUGAAUCGAUGGUCAUCGUUGAGACACUCCGGCAACUUGGAGCCCAGCCCUCUGUCAUGGCGUCUGCAGAGCUCCCGGUCCCUGCAAGCUCUGCAGCCAAAGAUAUCAAAUCUGCGGAUCGGGAGGCUAUACUGUUCCGAGCCUUGACCAUAGUACAGCUGGCAGCCAGAUGUAAUCGCGUUGCUGUUCCCGACGUGAGCAAUAUUGUCGUGUGCUUCCUGCUUGUUGGUCUGGAUUCUUCGACACCUCCUGAACUGCGAAGGGAAAUCUCCGCCACUAUUAACCUCCUUUGCCACUUGCUGUCAGCAGAUAAGCACUUGAGUUCGGAGUGCAAACUCGCCUCACGACUUGUGGGGUUGGUCAAGGACUAUCACCCCGCCAAUAAAGCCCUUCUUCUAUCGUUCAUCUUCGCUGGAACAGGAAAUACUCUGCGGAUAUCCCGCAUGCUCGCAUACGCAAUCUUGUUGCAGGUGCCGGCGAAGGCCAUUGUACUUAGCACUUACAGGGAUCCUCCUCCUCUCACAAGACUCGUGGGCUUGUUGGUGCAGCAGAAGUCGGAUGACAGCAACCCACCCGGAAUCUUCCAGGUCCAUGAACAAACCGACUACUCAAACAUGCGGCGAUACCUUUACAUCUUUGGUGUUGCGAUGUCGAACAUUGAGCCGUAUGUGGAGGAGCAGAAGCAAUCGGCAUUGAAGGCCAGUCACGCUCCAGGUGCCGUUCCUCGCAGCCCUUCGAAGAAGAAACCCGUUGGCGACAUGGAACUGCUACACACCGCCUUCGAGAUACUUCAUGGCAUGAUCGACGAUGUCCGCGCUGCUCACAUCGACCGGUCAAGAGCCAAAGCCGUUUUGAAGCAACUCCAGAUGCGCAUUUACUAUCAACGCUCAAUGUACGAACGAGCCUGGGUUGAACGCCAGACCGAAAGGACUAGCGUCAAGCACUGGCUUUCCAAAUCCCGCAACACUAAUCCGUUUGCCUAA